AUGGGCAAUAGUAAGAGUGGGGCCCUCUCCAAGGAGAUCCUUGAAGACCUGAAGCUGAACACCAAGUACUCGGAGGACGAGCUGUGUAAAUGGUACGAGAGCUUCCAGAAGCAGUGCCCGGACGGGCGCAUCAGCAGGUCCGAGUUCGAGAAGAUCUAUGCCCAGUUCUUCCCCAACUCUGACCCCAAGGUGUAUGCCCGGCACGUCUUCCGAAGCUUCGACACCAACGAUGAUGGGACCCUCGACUUCCGGGAGUACAUCAUUGCCCUCCACCUCACCUCCACCGGCAAGACCAACCUUAAACUAGAGUGGGCUUUCUCGCUCUUUGACGUGGACCGCAAUGGAGAAAUCAGCAAGAACGAGGUUCUUGAGAUCGUCACGGUGAGUGAGGAAGGCGUGUGGGGCGAGACAUAGGGGGGGCUUUGGGAGGGGGCUUGUAGGCGGGGGGUGGGGACGACAACAAGGGAAUACAGGGAAGACCCAGGCUGAGAGCUUCCCCACUGCAAGACCAGAUGCACUGAAACUGGUUGUGGAAUUACAUGGGGGGAAUAUUCCCUUUUCACACAUAAUAUGUUUGGAGACAAGGCCACGGAAGUCUACCUGAAGGAACUACUGCACUGAAAUCCUUAUUGAGGUUUUGGUUUUAUUUUUCCGGUCCCCUGCUUGGAUCAUUUUGGUCCCGUCUAGCCUUGCAUCAGGCCUACUCUUGGUCAGAAAAACAGGGCCUUACCUAUCCCAGCACUCCAUUCACCCCAAACCUGCUGCAGUCGAUGGAAAUUUAUAAGAGUGUCUACCCUUCUUCCACCCAUUCAUGGACCCAUCUAGCUGAGCUCCAGGCUCUCUCUUCCCUCAAUCAUCUCUAGCCUCCUUCGCCCUGUCCCCCAACAUGGAAACAUAUCCUGUGUUCCCAUGGCAGGUGCCUCACAUGUUGAAACUCAUGGCUGCACCAGUUAAAGAGGGGAGCAGGAAUGGCUGGUCAUGUGACUUUCUCUUGACCCACCUUGAGGUGAUGGGAUGACAACGGAUUACUUUAGCUGAAGGCUUUGCAUUGUGUCAAAAUAGAAUUAGCCUUGCCCAGUGGCAGGGGAAAUCCUGUUACAUUCCUUUAACAGGAUGAGCUGGAUUGGCAGCAGAGUAAACAGGUUCAAAUCCUCUCCUAAUUUUAUCUCAUGGCCUCAGCUGCCCUCAGCAGGUUCAUACCUGCAAGCAAAUGUUCAUCUUUUAAGGAAGAUAGGAAGCCAUUUUCACAUAUAUAUUUUUUGAGCAGGGAGGGAAAUACAUAUGUAUCUAUUUCUUAAAACCCCAGAAUUGCACCCUCAGGUCCAGAAUCAAAUCUAAACACAUCUGUAUUACAAAAUACUGUAUAAACUAGUUUGAAGCAAGUUUAACCAUCAUGGCUUCCCACAAAGGUGGCUGGGAAUUCUAAUUUUGCAGGUGCGUUAACAAUACUGUAUUUACCAGAGCGGGGAUUACAGUUUCCUUUAUUCAGUUUGUGGUGGGAUCCAUAACAUGUUAAACAGGCCUGAAAUGGAUAAAAUUUGGAGUGUAGGCAAGUAUUUGGAUGCUGCUAUUCCCAUAGCGAGGAAAUUCCUUUUUCAGAAAAACUGUUAAAUUGAGAGCCAACUGAAAAGUGGCUGCCUUGCAUUAGAAGAUGCCAAGGUGCCCAUACAAAUUUGGCACCUCUGAGAUUUCACAGAGCUGUGCGCAGUAUGUAACCCAUAUGUAACCCAUAAUUCCUUGCUGCCAGCCUUCCUCCGCUGAUCUAGGCUCCCCCUGCAGAUGUGUUUGCCACAAACCUUGGAAGAAGGGCAGAGCAAUCUGAGAUUAAAGUUGGAUUAGGCAGGGUUAAAUCCCUGACCCUCUCAGUGCAGUAUUUGCCUCGCUUCAACUGUCUUGUCCGGAGGAAUAGCUUCCACCGACCUUGGAAAGGGGAGACAAGGAGCAGAAAAGUCUGUCUGGGGAGAGGUUUGGAGGAGAUCUCAGCAAGGGCUGAAGAAUUUCAUACGGUAUUUGAAAGGGAUGGCAACGGUGCAGAUGUUUGUACAACAAAUCCCACCAGCUGGCUGGGGAAGCUGGUGCAGAGAUAUCCCAUUCCUCACUCCAAGAACCCAAAAGUCCUGGUUCGUAAACGCUAUGGGGUAUUGGUGUUGGUUUUCAGAGGCUUACUUGUUUAGGGAAUUCUGAAUGACCUUUCCACAAGAAUUAUGUGCUCCAGAUCCAUCCACAUUCCAGCUUGUUUUGUGGGGAAAGUAAAUAAAUAAAUUACCAGCGAAUGGAUCCUUUCCUCUUCCAGAGUACCAAAAACACUGUCAUAACCCUUUCCUCUCCAGGUUGGGCUGUGGGGUUUUUGUGUGUGGAUGUAUUUUGCAACAUGUCAUUGAUGCAACCAUAGCACAUUGGUGGUGAAUUUAUACUGGAUCAACUCUGCACACCAUCCCACUUUAUUCAUUGUUCUGAAAUCAGGGUUGGACUCUGGUAAUACGGCAUUCCGAGCGAUGACAAAAUUUGGCACCCUCCCCAAAAUAUUUCUUAUUUUCACAUGAAUUCCUUUCGGUAACAGUAGCUUUUUAUGGAUCUUCUCAGUAGGUAUCUGUAGAAAUAUAGGCAUUAUUAUUAUUAUUAUUAUUAUUAUUAUUAUUAUUAUUAUUUUGUGCCCCCUCGUCUUGGUGCCCUGUGCGGGAGAACCACCCACAUCACCCUAAAUCCAGCACUGCUGCAAUGCCUCCGCAGGGUUAGCUCAUGACUGCUGUCUGGAGAAGCACCCCUUCGCACUGUAGCACAAUGAAAACGCCCCUCCCAACAACAGGGCAUUUGCGGUAAAAUAAGUUACAGGAUUUCAGCAGGACAUGCAAUGAUUGGAUACAAAGCAGUAUGUCCACCAUGAAACUUUUGCAGCCGCAAAGCAUAUUGAAAGCAGGGCCACAACAUACCUGCCACAAUACCAACAGGAGCACAGAUAAGCAUAAAUACUCAAUAGAAAGGAAGUCUGUGGAGGCCCUAAAUUAGUGUUGCCACAUGUUUUUCCUUAGCCAGGCUCCUGUGUUAUUAACAGCUGUGUGAAACACCGGGAGUUUCCUUUCCUAUGUGUGCUGCAUGGAUGGAGAGAGAAAUCUGCAUUUUGUUUCCAAACAGAGUAAGAGUUCCAUCCAUGUACACUAACUUCGUUUUCCCUCCAUUUCUGUGGUACAUUAAUUCAUUUCCCUAUUUCUUCGGGUUGCCUCUCUUAGACUUCUUGGUCUUCAACGCUAUCUGUCACUCUUGAGCAAAACUUCGUACUGAAAUCCAGUGAGCAGAUCACAGACCCCUUGUAAGCUAGCAUUAGCAAACAGGUCUCCCAGGAAGAAGGGCCACCACAUAAACAUGUCUCCUGUCCUAAGUAUGUCCAUCCGUUUAUAGAUUAGUAAAGAAAGGCUUCCUUUGUUUGGUCAUUCCUGUAACAACCUUGUGUGAGGGAAGUCACGAUUAUUGGAAUAGCACAGGUAGGGUAAACGGAGGCUGAGAGAAAAGGAGAAGUUGGAAUAUGACCUAGCGGGCUGUCGUUGUUUCUUCAGGUGCGAUUCGGGUUGUCUGAUUAUAGUUGAUUAGGAGGUUUUGCACAACGAACGGCUACCCCCAUGAUCUGACUUUUUGCCAUAAGGAAAGUGAGGGGGGAAUGGUUUGAUGCAAUGUCAAGUAACCUCCCCACUCAAUAAAUGAAUGAACACUCGAAAAGUGGGUUGACUGGAAGCAACCCUUAGUUACUAGCCCAAAUCCUUCUUAGGGGGUUGUUAUGUACUGAAGUUCCCACUUUGGCCCUGCAGGGAGAUACUGUAGAUAGUUCAGGUCCACAUAUGCAAAUAAGGGAUCGAAAGUGACGUUCAGUGAUUGGAUAGUUACAGAAAAUGGUUACUGUUGCGUUCUAGUGGAGCUCUAUAUAAGCAGGCUGGCUGAACCCUUCAGUUCAGUUCUGUUCUGGCCUGUGAAUAAACAAGAGCUGUUUGAAGAAUCGCUAUGUCGUCUGAUAUGUUCACCCACAAUUUAACAGGGGUGGUAAAAAAUAAACUAGAAAGGGGAGGGACAGAGGGACGGAUGGACAGACACACAGACAGACACACACACACCCUUCCUGAAGACCCAAAUAUACUGCAGAGUGAGAUGGACUGCAGGUGUGGAAAGUCAUUCUUGAAAAGGGACAGGUACCCUUUUUGUUUGCUGUACGUCAUCAAAGUGACUGGAGAUUGAAAGCAAAGUAGGAGGUGUACAUGCAACUUAGGGCUCAUUGUGUUUUAUUUUCUCCCUCAGCCUGAGGGAUUCCCUACUGCCACCAUUACACUCAAUUUAUCAGGUAUAUCAGAUAGCAAACAAAUCAGGGAUUCAGUCGCCUGAAGGGCCGGCUCUACCAUCAGGCUGACUGAGGAGGCUUAUUUGGGGUAUAAUGAAAGCACAGUAAACUGUUAGCUAUUUAAAUAGUUGUUGUAUUUUUACCGCCAAGGAGAGCGAGAGGCACAUGUGGGAUUUUCUGCCUCAAGUGCUAAAAACCAUUUGAUUUGGGGGCAGGUUUGCCAUUUGCUCAUUUACCUCAUGGCUGAGGCUGGCAGUGCACCAUUUCCAAGCAAGUGCACCAGGCAAGCCAUACACUUAAAAAAAGAAAAGACAAGAAGUAGUAGCAAAAACACAUUUAUUCAAUUAAAUGUAGUUUGUCUUGUGUCACUUCCACAGCAAACUUUCUGCUAAAAUUAUAUGCGUCUGAAUCUUACCAGAGAUGGUGCUAUAUCAACAGAAGUUGUACAAGUCAAAGUGCUGAAUACAUCUACGAUUUGUUACUUGUGUGAAAUUUACCAUCUUCCACUGGAAUUUAGCUUCCUAUGAGAAAAUAUGGACAAAUUUUGUUCAUAAUAAGUGCUAUAAUUUUGGACAAAGCCUGCCAAAUCUCCAUUCUGUUACUGAAAGGGGCAGGGGACCUUUCCUUCCCCACAAGCAGCCACUGUGGUCAGCCAAUUUCUGGUUCACCCAUGCAAACGUUUAGCAUUAUGGGGAAUGCCAACUCCUCACUGCCAUGUCUCGACAUGUGUCACGAUGGCAGCUAACAGGCUUUCCAGGCAUUCAGUUGAGAGAUGAGGUGAUGAGAGUCUAGCUCAACAUACAUCAGAAACAAGGCAGCACAUUCACCAUGCUCAGAAAUCAGCAUCUUAUAUCAAUCAUUCAUUUUUACUGGGCAGUCAAUACUGAUUUGCUUGUGCAAAGCUAACACGGUGGUUAGAUUAUAUCCAGUCUUUAUUGAGCAUUUAUGCUGAUUUGGCUGCAGGGCAGUUAUAUGCCAGUAAGCAUUCAUCUGUGUUCGCUUGCAGGGCAUUUAUCUGUCUUUCCACUGGGCACCUGUUCAUACAUUUCAAUGCAUUUCUGUCACUUUCCAUACAUCCAAAAGCUUGAUUCUUUUUCUUUUUUUAAGUGGAUUUCUUGUGGGCAAGGGCCACAGAACCCUUUAAUCCAUUUUAAUUGUGGAAACCAAAAGUUAUGCUAUGCCCGUGAAUCCCUCCUGAAAGAAACAGCCCUCAGGCCAAUGUCAAAAUAAAGCCGAGGCAAUUUGUUUAUUAUGCACCGUCUCUCCCCCCCCCCCCCGCUCAGCUGAUCAAAGGAUGCUGGCAAAAUUAGCAGGACAAAUGGCUUAGGUAGAAAAGGAAAAAAAUGUGGUUUGGUGGUAAGGUGGCUGAUGGGGAAGUUUGUAAACCAGGGAUGGGAAAGCUGUGGCAUGCUUUUUGAAGGCAGGUGUCUAGUCCUCAAGGAAGGCAAUGGAAGGAAACAAACAGGCAACAUUCAAAGGCCAGGUUGUGAUCUGUUCUGGGUUUUACACUUCCUCAGAAUGAAAAGGCAUGGAUUAACAGUUAUGGGAAAGAAGGGAAACUGGACAAUAUUUUGCCAUAAUGCUGAGACGGUUACUAUAAAAUGCUCUUUCAUUCUACAUGGGACUCACUGGUGAUAUGGAAAAUUCUACCUGUAGGGACUCUUCAUGACAGCCGCUUCAACCCUGCCCCUUCUAGGACCAUAUAACAAAGAUGGGCUUGCUGUUUUUUACCAGUGCGAACCUUGUAGCUUCAAUGUGAAGUCAGCUUUUCCCCCUCACACCUUUCCUGCUUUGCCUUGGCAUCCAGCUUGAUGGCCAUUUCUGGGGGACUGGAGAGCUUGCUCCCUGUUUUGUGACCUUUUAGGCUUCUGUUGGUUUGCUUAUUGCUGCAAUUGGUUUUAAUGCUUAUACUGUGUUGUAAAACGCUCUGAGUCACUUUAGUGAGUAAAGCGACUAAUAAGUAUAAAAAAAUAAUGUGAUGCUGGCUGGGCUGAUGAAAGCUGGAGUCCUCAUUGCUCUUAUAGACAAUAGCAGCCUUGGAAUCCACAGGAGGCUGUGAAGGGCAAUGAAAACUCUCUGACCCCUUGGAAGCAGCUCUGGCCAGUCCUUUUCUGUCUUUGGAGCAUUCACUAGCCACACUGAAAUAUUUCCCGGCAGUUUCUUUCAGCAGGAAGACUAGAAGCUUAGAAACUUGCUGUGUUUAAUAAGGUAUGCAUGGGGAGAAAGCUUCUCACAUAUGUCCAAUUCAGUAGAUUGAUUUUGUUUUUUUAAUUCACUACACAUAUACAGUAUCCUACAUUUAACCUCACUAGACACCCCCAAGAGAAUGGAGUUAUGGAGUUAAAAAUAAAAUAGCAGCUGCUAUUAACUUCUUAAAGGUGCAAUAUGAUUUACAAUCCUUGUUUGCUUUUACAAGAAACGUGUGCGAAACAGGCACAUGGGAUACUUCCACUUUGCAGAUGGGAAAAUAAGGGGUGGUAUUCAUUGAAGUUUUACUUAGAGUAGACCCUUUGAAAUUAAUGGACCUAACUUAGUUGUGACCAUUCAUUUCAAUGGGUCUAGUCUCAGUAAAAUUUGGUUGAAUACCACCCAAGGCUCCACAAAGAAUGAUCAGCCUUAGUGUAUUCAGUUUUAGCCCUGCACACAUUGCACUGCCCAGGGUUAUCAAUAGAUUAGUUUCUGUGCAAGAGACCUGUGUCUACUACUGUGAAAUUAAAGCUGGGAUUCUCAGCUGUCUCCCGAAGUGGCCCGAUUUUACAUUAGAAGCCUUAUUCUCUGCUUCCAUUAUGUAACAGGAAAUGUCUAGACUCCAGAUAGGCUGCUGCUUAUAACAUUUCCUUCAUGCCACCAGCAGACUCACAUAUUUGCCUGCAAGUCAAGGAUGUCAAGUCAGUAGUAUUGCAUGCCAUCCUGAUCUCUGAGCAGGGCAAGAUUCCAGGCGCUCACACAGAGUUUGUGUUUCCUUUUGGAAAUGAAGCACAGUGGAGAUGGCAGUGUCUUGAUGACAUAUGGUUCAUUUACUUAUAUACAGAACCUGAAUUUAGGAUGGAGGGGUUCACAGCAUUUACACGCCAAAUGGGUCUUGCUUCUUCCAUAGAAGCAAGCCCUAAAUUCACGAAGACAUCAAACGUUGCUCUCUAAUGUUGUUCUCCUCCUCUCUCUCCAGCUUGCUGCUUUCCUUCUCAGUGACAUCACUCCUUCCCUCUCUACUCUAAACCCUGCCUUUAUCUGUUGCUGGAGGGGACCCCCAUUCAUUUGCCAUCUAGCACAAGCCCUUUCAUCCCUUGUUCUCUUAAUAACCCAGGAGGCUAGCCUGCCUUAAUUCACUUUUAACACUUGCUGAAUCCAGGGAUUAGAAGUGGCUAGCACCCACAAACUCAUAACAGUAUGUUCCACCUCCUUUCCCACUGGGGAAAUAGCCACCAGAAUGAACCACAGAAAAACGAAGUGCAUCAUUUAGGCUCCAGAAACUGAUAACUGGAACUUUGGCUCCAAGUGGAUUGAGGGAGUGGGCCUUACCUGGUUAUCCCUGACACCCUGCUCAAAGCACAAGGGUGUAGACUUUGCGCGAGCAGACAAGUACCUUUGCAACGGAAACUCCCUUCGUCAACUAUCACCAUUCAAUGAGGAUACCUGAACUGAUGUUUAUUUUAAACCCCUGAGCUUGCUUUCUCUCGUAUUUCUGCCCUCCCCAUCUCUUUUACUUUGUGUGUAAUGUCUUUUAGACUGUACACCCAAAACCAGGGACCAUCUUCUGGUUUUUGUUAAGCCAAGAGUUCUGGGAACCUUUUCCGGCUUGCAAGGGUAAAGAUGCUUUAUAUAUAUAUAUAUAUAUAUAUAUAUAUAUAUAUAUAUAUAUGGCACCCUGUCCUGCACGAGAAGGGUUGUAUCCAGCCACGUCCUGCUCAGAGUAGGCCCAAUGAGUGGUUGCGUUAUGAUCUUUCCCCCUUUUGUUCCAACAGGCCAUAUUUAAGAUGAUUCCUCCAGAAGAGCAGAAAACCCUGGCUGAUGAUGAAAACACCCCCCAGAAACGGGCCAACAAGCUGUGGGCAUAUUUCGGCAAGGGAGAAACAGGUAGCGACCUUCCUUCAUGCUACUAAGUCUGUAACACACUUUUUCUUGCCACAAGAGGGCAGGGUGGGGGGUGAUUACCGUAUUUUUCGCACCGUAGGGCGCACCGGACCAUAGGGCGCACCCAGUUUUUAGGGGGGGAAAUCAAGAAAAAAAAUCUUUUUUCCCCCCCAGCCCCAAAGAGCAGCGUACAGGCUGCGCACAACCUCUCCCUGCCGGAGGGGUUGCGCGCAGCUAUGGAAGAAGCCAAGGCAGCGGGCGGGAUAGACCCCGCUCGCUGUUUUGGCUUCCCCUUUAGCCCCGUGCAGCCUCUCCUUGCCGGGAGAUGCUGCGCAGGGCUUUCCUGGCUUUACUGGGAGGUGGGGGGAUUCCCUCACCUCUCCCAAAAGCCCGCAGAAGCCGCACAACUCCUCUAAAGAGAUCGCGGCUUCUCCUGGCUUUUCUGGGAGGUGGGAGAAGGGACUGAUGCGGCCAGUCAGUCCCUUCUCCCUCCUGUGGAAAAGCCCGCAAGAGCGCACGGAGCUUGUGUGCGGCUCUUGGGGGCUUUCCCCGCCUGCCUCCCCCCUGCAUUCGCUCCAUAAAAAGCAAGGGAAAAUGUGUGUGCGUCCUAUGGUGCGAAAAAUACGGUAUUUUAUCCCUAUAUGAACACAUGGGGUUGGAUCCAGAGCCUCUCAGUGGGCUAGAAUGAUUUUAAAUGGCUGUAGCUCAGCACUAGAGCACAGGCUUUCAUGAAGCACCACUGAGUAUGGAGAGAGGUGGCCCAGUGGUCUUUGGCAAGAGUUACACUUGGGUCCCAUUGAAAUCAGUGGGACAAGCUAGUCCCAACUUGUGCAAUUAACUUUGCUUGGAUCCAGCCCACUGUUAUUGACCUCUUUCUCAGUUAGCAUUAUAUACCGUAUUUUUUGCUCUAUAAGACUCACUUUUUCCAUCCCAAAAAGUAAGGGGAAAUGUGUGUGCGUCUUAUGGAGCGAAUACAGGCUGCGCAGCUAUCCCAGAAGCCAGAACAGCAAGAGGGAUUGCUGCUUUCACUGUGCAGCGAUCCCUCUUGCUGUUCUGGCUUCUGAGAUUCAGAGUAUUAUUUUUUCUUGUUUUCCUCCUCCAAAAACUAGGUGCGUCUUAUAGUCUGGUGCGUCUUAUAGAGCGAAAAAUACGGUAUAUAUGUCUCAGAACCUUCAGUCCUUCACUGGUGUUUGACCUUGAAGAAGCCCAAGAUUUACAAGAAUACCAAAAAAUAUUUAGGGGGAAACAGCUAAUGGGUGUAAACCCAAAACAGCUCAAUGAGGAGUGAAUGUGGCACCUUUGUUUUCAUGUGUCCGCACAUCUAUUUGUGUGCAGUGCAUGAGAGCAUUAGAAACAGGAUGAAUCCACUGCCACAUGCAAACUUAUAGAGAUUUAUGUUCUGUAGACUGGGGACGAGGCUGAAACUUUAAAAAGCAGUAAAGCUAUCAACUCACAUAAAGUUUUUAACAAGGCAUUCACACGCAAGUUGGGGGGGGGAAUGACAAAAUAAGGAGAAAUAUCACAGAACAAAGAUAGACAACUACUUCACUGGUGCUAUAAAUAGAAGAAUAUUAGUUGCGCGCACACAGUGUUCCUCUUUAGACCUGGUCCUUCCACACAGUAUAGCUCACCUUGUGGAGACAAAAGUAAAUGCCAUUUGCCUGAUGGCCUUUGACAAAGGAGAAAUAAUCCUCAAGGCAACCAUAAAAGGAGAUUUCAGAAACUUGAAGGGAAACAUUUUCUUCCAGGCCUCUGGUGUGCCUACAAAUCACUAACUACUUAUGCAAUUAAGCAGCCUUGCAAAAGAGAGAGGGGUGGGGUGGGGACAUACCUUCGAAAUAUAGCACCUGUAAUGUAUUUAUUAUCAAUUAAAUAUCUGGCCUGUGGCCCCUUUAAGAGAAACAGCGACAACCCAGGAGUCCAGCUCCUGGAGAGCUGAAUCAGAACUAUGGUGUGGCAGGGCCUCAUCAAGAAUAAAAGUUUGAUUUACUGUUAACUCAGCUUGCGGUGAGUUCCUAUAUAAAUCGCAGAAGGCAUUACAGCACUCAUCAUUAACAUAUAUGCACAUCAUAUGGGGGGAAAGUAUACUCCCCUUGCAAGUUGUUGCAAGGAUUACGGCACAAGAUUGCCUGCAGAUUACAAAUGCUCUUAAUUCUGAGGAUAGGGAAACCAAGGUGCCAUACAAAUCCAAAGCAUUAUUAACAACUUUUGUGGACUGCCAUUUUUGCAUGGAUGUCCAAAAUAUAAACAAAUGAGUGUGCUGCUAAAGAACUUCACACACACACACACACACACACACACACGCACACACACACACACUGUACCCAUCUCUUCCUCAAAAAUCAGGCGCCCCAAUUGGGGAAAAGCCCGGCGGGGGGGGAAGAGGUUCACAAUCUCCCCCAGUUCACCCCACCCCUUGCCGCCUCAGCUCAUCCGUUUGCUUCUUUUGUGUGUAAUUCUACCGUUCACAUUUUACAUGCAUGCGUUGUUUUUCCUUCUCCUUUUGCAGACAAGCUUGCUGAAAAGGAGUUUAUUGAAGGGGUGAUGAAGAACGAUGCAAUAAUGAAGCUCAUCCAGUACGAACCAAAGAAAAAAUAA